AUGUCCAAUAUAAUAAAAUUUCCAGAAUUAAAAAAUGAUUUGAUUCUUCGCGCAGCACGUGGUGAAAAAACUGAACGUGCUCCAGUUUGGAUUAUGAGGCAAGCUGGAAGAUAUUUACCUGAAUUUAGAUCUAUGCGUGAAAAAUAUGAUUUUUUCACAAUUUGUCGGACACCAGAAUUGGCAACAGAGGUUACAUUACAACCAAUUAAUAGAUAUGAUGGAUUAUUGGACGCAGCAAUAAUCUUUUCAGAUAUAUUGGUAAUACCACAAGCUUUAGGACUAGUAGUUGAAAUGUUACCUGGUAAAGGACCCAAUUUCCCCGAUCCAUUGGUAUUACCUGAAGAUAUAGAUACAAAGCUAAAAGAUGUGAUCGAUGUAAAAAAAGAGCUUGGAUAUGUUUUUGAUGCCAUCACAAUGACAAGAAAAGAAUUAAAUGGUAGAGUACCUUUAUUAGGAUUUAUUGGUGCACCAUGGACUUUGAUGGCUUAUAUGAUAGAAGGUGGUGGAAGUAAUACUUUAUCUAAAGCCAAAACUUGGUUAUUUAAAUAUCCCAAUGAGAGUAAAAGAUUAUUACAAAAAAUUACUGAUGUUGCUAUUGAUUUUUUAAUUGGACAAAUCAAAGCUGGUGCACAAAUGGUUCAAAUAUUUGAAUCUUGGGGAGGAGAAUUAUCACCAAAUGAUUUUAACAGUUUCUCAUUACCAUAUCUUACUCAAAUAUCAAAUGAAGUUAAAUCACAAUUAAAGGCAGAAGGACUAGUUCCUGUACCAAUGAUAAUAUUUUGUAAAGGAUCAUGGUAUGCGUUAGAAUCAUUAUCAGAAAUUGGAUAUGAUGUUAUAUCUUUAGAUUGGACAAUUGAUCCAAUUUAUGCUAAGGAAAUUACCAAAGGUAAAGUGACACUACAAGGCAAUAUGGAUCCAAAUGUAUUAUAUGGCGAUGUUGAAGCAAUUAAAUCCACUGUUGAAAAAAUGUUGAAAAAAUUUGGUACUAAUCAUAAAUACAUUGUGAAUCUUGGUCAUGGUAUUUUGCCCACUGUUGAUCCUGAAUCAACCAAAAUAUUUUUAGAAACAGUUCAUAAAAUAAUUUUGAUCAAGGUAACAACAAAAAAUUAG